CUUACUAAUAAAUUCCUGAUCCCCACUACUGUUGCCGUACAAACCAUCUUUGUUGUAAGAAAUUUUUUCCUCAUUCUCAUCUCCAAUGCGCGUGUUUUGGACGCUUCGAACCACUCAAUGAUCUUGUUUCCAAGUACAAUUUGUCCCUGCAGCUGCGAAACCUCAUAAGUGGAUAAAUGAAUGGGCAAAGAAUCAACACCCAGAUGCUGUGGCAGCGGCGGCGCGUGAUGAAACGAGUGGGAGUAUUUGAGAGGAUGGGAAAUCCUUAAAAAUCAUAAAAUCUUCAAACACUCACUCUCAGUAUAAGACCCCCAAAUUCCGGAAAAAAAAAAGCACUUAUUGCCAUUAAAAUCAUAAGAGAAGCAUCAGCAACAGUACCCAUAAUAAAAGCUGGAAGGAAGAAAACAAGAUCCACCUCGAACCUAUCUCCAUCCUACCCCUCCUUCUCCAAAUCUCACCGGCACGGCGUCACCACCGCCUCCGCCACUCCUCAAAUUGAUUCAAGCUCUAGAUUGAGGGAGAGAGUGCGUGAGUGAUAUCUUUCUUUUUCAAAAAAGAAAAGAAAAAAUUUCAUAUUUGUGUCUCUUGUUUGUUUUCCUGUGGAUUUUGUUGUUAGUUAUUAGUCCAUUUGAAUACCCAAAUCCCUGAAAUCUUUGUUCUCUGAAGGAGAAUAAGGAAAGUAGUGGGUUGGGUUUUGGGUCAAUUUUUAGCUAAAUAAGGAAAUGAGGGAAGAUGAUUCUAAUUGGUUUUCAAGAUGGGAGGAAGAGCUCCCAUCACCUGAAGAGCUUAUGCCCAUAUCCCAAACCCUAAUUACUCCUGAUCUUGCCCUUGCUUUUGACAUCCGUAAUCCUACUAACAACGCCACCGCCAACACCACCUCUCUUAUGCAACAAAAUCAGCCCCCCCCUCCUCCGCCACCCACUACCACCACUCCAUCCCCCAAUAACCCCUUGCCACCUUCCCAACCUAAUUCCGCUGAAUACGCUGCCGAUUCUGCUGACUUGGGUUCUGGGGCUGCUGGUGAUGAGCCUGCUAGAACCCUUAAGCGGCCCCGACUCGUUUGGACCCCCCAGCUUCAUAAAAGGUUUGUGGACGCUGUUGCACACUUGGGGAUAAAAAAUGCCGUUCCCAAGACUAUAAUGCAGCUCAUGAGCGUAGAUGGUUUAACUAGAGAGAACGUAGCUAGUCACUUGCAGAAGUAUAGGUUAUAUUUGAAAAGGAUGCAGGGGUUGUCAUCUGGUGGUGCUGGUGGUGUUAAUGGUACUGGUGGUGGCGGGGGAGGUGGAUUGGCUGCAGGCUCCGAUGCAGCAACUGAGCAUUUAUUUGCGAGUUCUCCGGUGCCUGCGCAUUUCUUGCACCCAGGGAGGCCUAAUUCAGACCAUUUCUUGCCGUUUGUACCAGUGGCAGCACUGCAACAUCAUCAUCACCAGCAGCAGAUGGCAGCAGCCGCCGCUGCAGUGGCGCAUCCCCAGUUGCAGAGUCAGUAUCAAAGGCAGAUGGGGCACUUUGGCCAACCUCCAAAUGGGCAGUUUGAGCAUACCUUUCUGGCUAGGCAGACACAGCAGCCAGUGCAUAGGAUGGGGGCGCCAGUGCAUAAUUCAGUUCCAGGAUUUGCGGAAGAUUUGGAGUCAGCGAGUGGGAAUGGCGGAAGAAAGGUUCUCACUCUGUUUCCUACAGGAGAUGAUUAAAUUUGGCUUGAGCAGAACAAAACAAGUGGUAUGUUGAGAAUAACUCAACCAGAAUUCUUUUUUCCUGUUUCCAUUUGAAAUGUGAAAGAAACUUGAAAAGAGAUGAAAUGGAGGAUAUUGGUGGAGCAAUGCGUUACAUACCUUAAUGAUUAAUUUGGAAAAUUUGAAAUGUUCAAACUGUGGGGUUAGAGUCACUGUUGUAAGACUUAAAAUGCUUAAUGAUUAUGUGUAUAUCUUGGAAUUUUUUUUUCAUUUUUUUGAGUUUUGUAGUAUCUGAAAUUUGGGAGAUGGGUUUUUAUUUCAGUUUAUAAUUUGCUAAAAUUUGUCAUAUAUUAUUUAUGCUUAGCAUGCACCUUUCAUUUCCAUCACAUGGUUCCUUAUUCGUUUAUCCUUUGUAAUGAAUUGGAUUGAAUCAGCUUUUAGGAUUAAAUAAUGUUUAUCAGAAACCACAUGAGGUAUUUUCCUUUUGAGAAUGUCAUGCUGAUUUCAACCAAAUCAUGCUCUGUUUCACAUGUCCCAGCAUUGUUCAUUGUGGAUUUGAUCUAAAUCAUGUUAGAAUUGAGUUGGGUAAGUUCUUUCAUAUUUUUUUACUCAUUGUUUUGAGAAUGUGAAUUGUUUACCAAGUCCUAUUAAAUGAUCCAUAAUAGAAUUGAUUGGCCUCUGGGGAUUUUGGUUGGACCAUAAGGAGUUCCUAUAAAUUUCAUAGAUGAAAUAUAGGACUUUUUUGGAUCCAGUUGACACUUUAGUUGGAUGAAGGGUUUGUCUGUUUCUAAUGUCGAGGUUGAGUGUACGGUCAGAAAUAAAUCCUCUUUAAGCGUCGUGCCAGAUGAGAAAUUCACACAAUAAGCAGUGGAAGUAUAGAACUGCACACUGAUUUCAUUUCAAUCUAAAUAUUAAAACCAAAAGUACAUCCAAUUUUGAGAAAUUGUCACCGACUUGUUAUCUAUUUGAGGCUGCGGGAAUUGUUUUUCAACAUUGAGUUUUGCCUACAAGUUAAAUUCUUUUUGUUAGAGCCGUUUUAUUGUUUGCUAUGAGGUGUUUAUAUUUUUGGGCUUGCUAUCAAUUUCUAUAAGGUUUUUUGAAUUGUGGUUGGCGAGUGUUUCUCGAAACUUUGAAUGAUACUGAAUGUCUAGUUGUUAAUGAAACAGAAAUGACCUCUGGAGAAUCACGAAGUAAGAUGUUGCAACAUUUAAGUGCUCUCUUUUUUCUACACUUAUUACUCUUCUCAUGAUUGUUUUAUUUAAAAGAUGCAUUUGAGUUAUAAUGGUUUUGUACUCAUCUUUCUUCUAAGAUUGAAUUGGCUUCUUUCUUUCAAAGUUGGUUGCACAUCGGUUAUUGCAUUUCAUUGUCACAGCAAAUUAGCAGAUCAGAAUUUUGGAUCUGAUAUCAAAUAGGAGCCUUAUUUCUUUUGUGAACAUUAUUAUGUCCUGCAUCAUCAUACUAUAGCACAAGGUUUCCAUUGUUUACGGCUAGUAUUACUGGGGUUUUGGAAUCCUAUUGCCUCCCCUAGGUUUUGUAGAGGUGCGUCUAGCUCACCUAAACAAGAAACUCUGAAGCAUUAUCCUAAUCCUAGAAGCAGAUGCAAUGGAAUCUUGUUCAUGUUAGGAAACAUAUGGGAUAUUAUUGAGAACAGGAAAAUUAAUGACAAGAAUAAAAGAUGUGUUUGUUUA